GGGAAUCAAAACAGUCCCCCACAGGAAUGCUGUGAAGCCAAAUCAUUCCAAACUAAAAUGCAGCAUCUAAACAGGAAAUGUAUCCAAGGUCAUUUUAGGUUGGAUUUUAUAAAUGAGGGACUAAUGUUAGUAUUUUCUUUUUAAUAUCUAUCAGGGAGUAAAUGGAAGUGUACAGGAGUAGCAUGUCUCAUUUUAAAAGGGAACACAAGUACACUGCUGGCUUCCACACAAUCUGCACGUUAAAGCAAGAAAGUUACUAAGUAGUAGUAGGAAAAAAAGUAGUAGGAAAAGCAGGUAAUGAGUGUGCCUGGAAUGUGGAAGGCUGAAAGGCAUGGCUGAGCAUGCCAAGGACAGGGAUGACAUUUGGGUUAUUUGGGUGAAGUGGAAGGUGAGUGCUCUGAUCGGGGCGCAGCUGCUCUGGUACCGCCACAGAUCUGUCACCCUGAGCCUGAGCAGCUCAUCUCAGUCCGGAGAGGCAGAAAUAAACUCUAGGGACCAGCACCGUGCCAGUAUUUAUUAUUUUUCUCCGAGGCACUGCAGCAUGGCAGAAGCCUCUGUCUCUCCACUGAAGCACUUUGUGCUGGCCAAAAAGACCAUCACUGCCAUCUUCGACCAGCUGCUGGAGUAUGUCACUGAGGGAGCAGCAUUUGUGGAAGCCACAUACAAGAACCCAGAGCUUGAUCAUAUAGCAACAGAAGAUGAACUAGCAAAAAUACAAGCAUAUAAAAGCAAGUUGGCAGUCAUUGGAGAGGUGCUCUCACGGAGACACAUGAAAGUAGCAUUUUUUGGCAGAACAAGCAGUGGGAAAAGUUCAGUCAUUAAUGCAAUGCUGUGGGACAAGGUACUUCCCAGUGGGAUCGGCCAUACAACAAACUGCUUCCUCAGUGUGGAAGGGACUGAUGGAGAUAAGGCUUAUCUUAUGACAGAAGGAUCAGAUGAAAAGAAGAGUGUCAAGACAGUCAAUCAGCUGGCUCACGCACUUCACAUGGAUAAAGAUUUGAAGGCUGGCUGUCUCGUCCACGUCUUCUGGCCCAAGUCAAAGUGUGCCCUGCUGAGGGAUGAUUUGGUUAUAGUGGACAGUCCUGGCACAGAUGUCACUACAGAACUGGACAGCUGGAUUGAUAAGUUCUGCUUAGAUGCUGAUGUGUUUGUCUUGGUUGCCAAUUCUGAAUCAACUCUCAUGAACACGGAGAAGCAUUUUUUCCAUAAAGUGAAUGAACGACUUUCCAAGCCAAAUAUCUUCAUCCUCAAUAACAGAUGGGAUGCUUCUGCAUCAGAACCAGAAUACAUGGAAGAUGUGCGUAGGCAGCACAUGGAGCGCUGCCUGACGUUCCUGGUCGAUGAGCUCAAAGUUAUUGAUCCUGUGGAAGCAAGGAAUCGCAUCUUUUUUGUUUCAGCAAAAGAAGUUCUGAGUGCCAGGACACAAAAGGCCCAAGGAAUGCCAGAAGCUGGUGGAGCACUUGCUGAAGGAUUUCAAACAAGAUUCCAAGAAUUUCAGCAUUUUGAGCAGAUAUUUGAGGAGUGUAUCUCGCAGUCAGCCGUGAAAACCAAGUUUGAACAGCACACUAUCAGAGCUAAACAGAUAAUAGAUACUGUGAAAGACAUUAUGGACACCAUAAACGUUGCAGCAGCAGAGAAAAGAGUCCAGUCCAUGGAAGAGCGAGAAGAUCAGAAGGACAGGCUGGACUUCGUGAGAAAUCAGCUGAACAUUUUGACAGAAGACACCAAGGAAAAAAUCAAACGCGUUACCGAGGAAGUCGAAAGCAAAGUCUCUUCUGCCAUGACUGAUGAGAUUUGCCGGCUCUCAGUUUUAGUUGAUGAAUUUUAUUCUGAUUUUCACCCUUCUCCUCAAGUACUGAAGCUCUAUAAGACAGAACUGAACAAACAUAUAGAAGACGGUUUGGGAAAGAACCUGGCUGAACGCUGCUCCACUGAAGUCAACGAGUCAAUGCACCAGUCCCAGCAGGAGAUGAUUGAAAAUCUGAAACCAUUGUUGCCUUCUAGUGUUCAGGAUCAGCUCCACUUGCUAAUUCCAUGCAGGAAGUUUGAUCUUAGCUAUGAUCUAAACUGUCAUAGCCUGUGUGCAGAUUUUCAAGAGGAUAUCAUGUUCCACUUUUCUUUGGGAUGGACUUCUCUUGUAAACCGUUUCUUGGGUCCUAAACAAGCUCAGAAAGUACUCUUGGGAUUAGCAGAUCCAAACCUACAUAUCCCUCGUCCUUUAGCCAGCACCCCGUCUGCCGCCAGCCUUCCCGCCAUAACUCCUGAGAACGUGCCCCAGGAUGAGUUCAUGGUUCCUUUGGUGUUGAGUUUAGCCUCGGUGACAUCCCGGACCUCCAUGAGCAUCAUCAUUGUUGGUGGAGUGAUUUGGAAAACUGUAGGCUGGAAGCUGAUCUCAUUGUCCCUGAGCAUGUACGGGCUGCUGUACCUGUAUGAGAGGCUGACCUGGACCACUCGGGCCAAGGAGAGAGCCUUCAAGCAGCAGUUUGUGAACUACGCCACCGAGAAGCUGCAGAUGAUCGUCAGCCUCACCAGCGCCAACUGCAGCCACCAGGUGCAGCAGGAAAUGGCCACUACUUUUGCUCGGCUCUGUCAGCAGGUGGAUAUUACUGAGAAAAACCUGGAAAAAGAAAUAGCUAGGCUUUCCAAAGAAAUAGAUCAGCUGGAGAACAUACAAAGCACCUCCAAGCAGCUGAGAAAUAAAGCCAUUCACCUUGAGAACGAACUAGAUCGCUUCACGAAACAUUUUCUUCAAAAGAGUAAAUAAAACAUCAUUGUGAACCUUCCUGGUGCUCCUUUGUAGGGCAAAAUAGAAAUUUUACAGGUGACACUUCUAUUCUAUGAAAAUGAUUUAUAUUUUUAAUGUUACUUCGGGGGCAGUUGUUGUAAAACUUGGACUCUGAUGGUGAACCAAACUGUAGAGCUGUGGUACUCUUGAGCGUUAAUGUUCGUUUUGCAGAUUUUGGGUUAAAAAUUACCUUGAAACACUAAAUUUUUUGGGCACUUGACAAUAAAACCCCAAAUCCUCA